UGAGAAGCCUCUCUUUAGGCUGUAGAUAGUUUGGAGGGAGAGACGGAGAGCAAGUGAGUGUGUGUGUGAGGGAGAGGGAGAGGGAGAGGGAGGGAAAGAAAAAGCCCCCUUUUACUGUGCGAGAUCUUAAGGGGGCUUGGAGAUCUGGUCAGCUUUCAAGAACAUCUGAAUCCUCUUAGAGCUCCCCGGCCCAGCUGUGGGUGUGUGUGUGUAUGCGAGAGGGAGAGAGAAAAAGAGGUUCCUGGUGCCCCUCCAAGCGCAUUAAGGACACUCGGGCCUUUUAAUUUUAGGAAUGAAUGCUGAUACUUGUGUUUCUUAUUGUGAUCCGGCUGCCAUGGAUUCCUACUACAACGCAGCCUCCCAGGGCACAGAAGGCUCCUCGCCUUUUAGGGCAUUUCAAGCAAGUGACAAGUUCAGCCCUACUUUCCUGGCCAGCAAAGGACAAGGCUUUGGUGACAGCAGCGCUAAGUGCCGGAGCCGCUACAGCCAGCAGGAAUGUCAGUCCCUGGAUGGCAGCGUGCAGGCUCCCAGCUCCGCCGGGGCUCCGGCCUCCUUUAACAAAUACCCUCCGCAGCAGCAGCAGCAGCAGCAGCAGCACCUCUACAUGCAGCGAGGCCCCUGCAAGACCCCCCCGGAGAGCAACCUCAAGCUGCAGGAGAGCAGCGGCCACAACGGAGCUCUGCAGGUCCCCUGCUACGGUAAAGAGAGCGGCCUGGGAGAGGCCGACUUGCAGCCAAGCGCCGACCCUUCGGGCAUGGACAGCAGCUACCUCAGCGUGAAGGAGGCCGGGGUGAAAGUCCCCCAGGACAGGGCCAGCACGGACCUCCCCAGCCCCAUGGACAAGGCGGACUCGGAGAGCAACAAGGGCAAAAAGCGGAGGAACCGCACCACCUUCACCAGCUACCAGCUGGAGGAGCUGGAGAAGGUCUUCCAGAAGACCCACUACCCGGACGUCUACGCCAGGGAGCAGCUAGCCAUGAGGACAGACCUCACCGAGGCUCGAGUGCAGGUGUGGUUCCAGAACCGGCGAGCGAAAUGGCGCAAGCGGGAGCGGUUCGGCCAGAUGCAGCAGGUCCGGACCCACUUCUCCACCGCCUACGAGCUGCCCCUGCUCACCCGCGCUGAGAACUACGCCCAGAUCCAGAACCCCUCCUGGAUCGGCAACAACGGCGCCGCCUCCCCCGUGCCCGCCUGCGUCGUCCCCUGCGAGCCGGUGCCCUCCUGCAUGUCCCCCCACGCUCAUCCCCACGCGGCCGGCGGCGUCUCCGACUUCCUCGGCGUCUCCGGCGCCGGCGGCCACGUGGGCCAGACGCACGUGGGAGGCCUCUUCGGCACGGCCGGCAUCGGCCCCGGCCUCAAUGGCUACGAGCUGAACAGCGAGCCGGACCGCAAGACCUCCAGCAUCGCUGCCCUGCGGAUGAAGGCGAAGGAGCACAGCGCCGCGAUCUCCUGGGCGACAUGACAGGGCUGCGGCCCAGCGCCUCGGGACACCGCCAGAGCCGGCGGGGACAGCCGGACAGAGCCGAGCCGCCCGCCGGGACUCCUCCAGCCCGCCCUUGCCUCCUCGGGGAUGUGAACGCAGCACUUUUAGCUACCCUAGGUGUAUAAAGGACGUUGUGUGUGAACGUAAGUGGCGUGUUCCCAGCACGGACACGGGCAGCUCCCGGCGGUCAGGCUGGGGGAAGGUGGGGGGCACCGCGCCCGCCGCCACCCGGUCUGGGGGUGUCCCCUGCCACCGCCACCUCCCCAGGAACCUGGGCGCCUCUUCUCCCCGCUCCUUUCUCUGCCUUUCUGGAGAGCAAGAGCCCGCCGGCAUCCCCAGCGGCUUGCCCCAUCCCACCCCACACACACAGCCCUUCCCCUCCUGAUCUGCCAGCAGCGAGGCUCAGAUCUCAUCUGCCCCGGGCAGGGGACAGGACGGGGCUUUGGCACCAGCAAAGAGACACUUCUCAGGCUGCUCCCGUCCUCCUCGCGGGAGCCACGACUUCCCACAGCCGAACAGGGCUGGGAGAACACCAAGGGCUAGCAAGGAGCCGUGGAGGCACGUGAAGGGGAUGCCCCUGCCAGCAGGCAUGGUGCCACCACGCCGCCGGUCCUUGCCGGCUCUCUGGCCACCCAGCCGGAGAAGUGCCCAGGAGGUGACAGCUGCCUGGCACCGCCGGCAGCCCUGCAGAAGGUGACACCCCCACGGGCACCUGGGGUUUGCUCUGUGAUGGUCGUGGCCGUUGUGGUGCAAGGAGGGGCAGCAAAACCUUUCCCCUGGCUUUUACUGGGUCAGGAAUCAGGUCCCCAGAGACCCCGCUGAGGAACAGCUCAAGCAGCAGUACACAGGGCAGUGAGGGCAUCGAAAUCCUCGUCCACCCAGUCCUGGGGUCAGCCACGUGUGACAGCCACCCGUCCCAUCACUCCCACACCCAGGGACCCAGCACCAGCCCGCGGGGAGACACCGCAGCUCGCCUGGUUUGUCCCAGCCACCAUCCCUCCCGUUAUCCCGCCCUCGGUUUUCUCCCCGAGUGCUCCCAGCAGUUAAGCAAGGUCUCCUUUGCAAGGCUAAAUUGUUCCCCAGCUGCCCGGUGGUCUCGCAGUGCCAGGAAUUAUUUGCCUUGCUGAAUGUCACCCAGACACCAGCACCCACACCACACGGCUGUGCACACCGAGCUUGAGCUUAAUCAGCGAGGGAACUGUAGGGUUUUGCUCCCAUUUGUCCCCUUGUCCUCCCUCCCUGUGCUCGGUACUGGGAGAUCCCGUGGCGCUGUGUCCAGGGAUACUCAGUGGUCCCGGAAAAGGCUCCAAAUAGGCUACAACCAAAUGUCAGGGCUCAGGUUAACUGCAUACUAUAUAAAAAUAUUUCUACAGUGCCUAGGCAUUGUUGUACCCCACAUAAAUGAUGCAUCAGUGCUAGAUCAAAUGUAACACAUAUUUAUUGGAAUACAAAAAGAUCGGCAGUGCUGUUUCUUUUCUCUCUAAAAAUGCUAAGAGAUGCCUGGCUUGGUGCUCACCAGGAACCACCACGAAGUUAAGCAGACUACGCCUAUGACCUGGGCUUUUCCCAUCCGAAGCAAACAAGACUUAUGUCCCAGCCUAAACAGUCAGCUAAGUAAUCGGGCUAAAAAAGUGUUUCAGGUGCUAAAGAUGAUGCUGAUCGCAUGGGAUCACCCGUAGCAGCUCACGGGACAGAGUGCUGCAUCCCCUGACUCCUUGGAGAGGGCAGCCUCCUGGCAGCGCUGCCAGCCUUAACAGAACCCCUGCUUUCUUACCUUAAAAAACACGUUGUCUUCCAUCUAUCCUGAGCACUGCCACGCGUGCCCAGCCCUGAGCUUGGCGGGGUGCUCCAGGAGCAGGGAGCACCGCUGCCCAGCGUGCCAGCACAGCCCCCCUGUGCCCACGGGUCAGCCCGGGUGGCUCGAGCAGCAAAAGCCUCGGGCAGCAGUUUUUGAGCUGCGUGCAUCUGUAUUUACAUGCAUUUUUUAAUUAAUUUAAAAGUUUUUUUUUUUUUUUUUUUAAUAUAGCUGUUAAAUUAACAAGAAAAGCUGUAUAAAUAUAUAUAUAUAUACUUAUAUAUAUAUAUAUGUGUGUGUAUCUUAACCUAGCCAGCCUGCGGCUACUGCAUUUCCUAAGGGUCACAGGGUCAGUGCUGUUCUUGCAAUCUCCGAGCUACCACGAUGAUGCCUUUUUUAUUAUUAUUAUUUUAAUACCUUUCGACUCUAUUUAUGACUUUCUUCUCUAUUUAUUUCUUAUUUAGUAUUUUACUCCUGUCCACUCACAGAGCCACAGUCCCCUGGCUUGGAUUUAAAUGCCUUGGAAGCUGCGAGCUUCGUCCCCAGCCACCACCAAAACGCCCCACGAGCCCCUGGCCGCCCCGUGGGGGCAUCCUCUGCGGGUGCAGUGCCUGCAGCCCGGGCCAGGCUCCUGUCUGGGCACCCUCUCCAGCCUUACAGAGGUAGCAAAGCACUCUUCUGAGCGGCCCAACCAUGCAGCAGGCUCCCUGCGAGGGGGCUGCCUGGGUUUAGAAAUGCGAGGGAUGUCCCAGAGGUUGGAGACGAGGAGUAGGCAAGCGGGGAGAGCACCAGCUGCCAAGCGCCCAGAGCAUCAUUUAGUUUGCCAUAGCUCCCUCUACCCCCAUGCCCAUCCCUACAAAGCCCUUUUCUUCCCCAAACACCUCCUGCUACCCAGGCAGGGUGCUGGGUGCCGCAGUGCCCCGGCUCCGAGGGCUGCUGUCACCACGAGUCCAAGAGCAGUGGGGCAAGGCAGCGGCCGGGCUGUCCCCCCGGGGACAUUUCCCACCACCAGCACGGCCCAGUGCUGCUCCCAUCUGUACUGGGGCACAUCUGGCCCAAGGCACAGGUAGCGUGGCAAGGCCACCAGCACUUGCGACAUGGCAGAGCUGCUGGACACGUAGUGUCCCCUGCACGCGGGGAGGCGAGGGGUUCCUCCGGUGGUGAGGGUAUUUUGGGGAGGGGAGGCCGGUUUCCCUGCUCCACAGAGCACACCCAGGCUCGGCAGCGGGUCGUAAAACACUCUCCAAACAAACAAAGCCAAAAAGGUAGUUUCCUGGAAAAAAAAAAAAAAAAAAAAGGAAAAAAAAAAGGGUUUGAAAAAUAAUCAGGCAGAUGCAGAGCCCCGUGUUUAUUUUGCUGCUCUGACUGACACAGCAAAAAGCAAACAGACCAAAUUAGAAAUUAAACCCAAAUGGGAACGGGGGCCGAAUCGAGCUGGAAGUCGUCCCCAGCCCUUUUCGGCUUGGGGAAGGGUCCUGGGAGGAGGCAGGGCGCAGCCUGGCUCCCUGCUCGCUCCUUGCUGGUAACGCGACGCCCCGCUCCCCCACAUAGCUAGGUAGGUAGGUAGAGCUAGGACUUUUGUACUACUGAUUUUGAAGGACAGUUUUCAAUGUGUAAUAAUAUAUCGGUUUAGGUGUGCAGUGUUUGAAAGAGAGACUGGGAGAAAGGAAGAAAACAAACCUCAAUCAAUAUUAUUGUUUUUCGUUGUAAAAUAUUGUAACCUUGUAUAAACGCAAACUUUUUUUUUUUUUUCUUUAGCUUAAAGGCCUGGGGUAGAACAUAUUAAAAAAAUAAAAAAGGUUGAAAAAGUUCAGGAAAAAAAAGAAUAAAAAAAAAUCAUUAAAACUGUUGCCAUUGUGAGGUUUGUGCCAUGCGAUGUUAAUGCCUAUGCAGCCAUGUAUCACCAGUUAAUUACAGUGGAAUAUUAAAAAAAAAAAGAAGAAACAGCCUUGCAGCUUGGUCCUUUCCAUGUUUUUUCAAAGUAAGUUAUUGCACUUGCAGCAGCUUUUUUUUUGGGGGGGGGUGAGGGCUGGAAUUUCUGGGCACCAAUUUUUAUUUUUUCCUUUUUUUUUUUUAAAAAGGAGUGAAAUUGCUGGGAAAGCCCCCGCUUCUGAGGCCCCCUGGCUGAGGAGAUACAAACACUGUUGUUGUUGUUUUGCUUUGCAAUAAACUCCUUCUCUUCUCCGCUCUCAA